AUGGAUUCCUCUAACGACAGCAGCAUACCAAGCACCCCAUCCCCCAUCAUGAGCUUGAAGGAAUUAGGGGAAGUACUUACUGAACCUCCUUCCCAAGUCUCGUCGUUCGUCGCGCAAGUUCCAUCCUCAACCGUUCCCUCCUCGCCGCACGGAGGUUAUGCGGCGACUCUCAUUGGAGGACGUCGUAUGACGGAGGAUGUUGAUGUCAUCGUGGGAAAGAAAUGCUUCGAAACUUUGCUGAGGCUUCCUGGAUUCUCAAAAUCAACAGACAAUCGCUUAAUCUUUCACGCAGGAAGGCAUGCCGUACUAAUUGGUCUCAUGUAUGAGCAAGACUCGAGAUAUCCUCUUCCUAAGUCCAACUGCUCUCGGCGAUUGAAGAUUCAAUUGCACGAUCACCCUGACCGAAAGAUACACCAUUCAAUUGAAAUUUUGCAUCCGUCAGCCCUCCUUCUAAGGAAACUCAUUCCUUGGCAUGAGGCAUUCUAUGCCACUCGGGCGCAUGCCAGGUUGCGGGCCAUGACCGAUUUGGAGGAUAUUGAAACAAUCCUGAUAUGGCUCGUCAGAAGGAACCAGACAAUUGACCUCAACUACCCGCCAAGGCAUUCUGACUGGUUUCGGCGGAUCUUGGGGGAUCUCUACGUGGAGCUUGUAUCCGAUGCUAGGUUGAUGAUGUACACCAACACUAACACCCUGUACUAUCUACCAUCACCUACUAUGCCAGGACAGAGAAACCCGACUGAAUUCAACGCUCUUGACGCUGCUGCAACGGCAGUAUCACCCCUUUUGCGGGAGGCUCAUAUGCCAUAUGUCUUCCAAGGAGCAUACGCUAUCACCUUGAUCGGCGGAGAUCGCCUAACAGAGUGUAUUGAUGUGAUCGUGAAACAUGAUUGUUUCAACCUCCUCCUGAAACACCCAGAUUUUCGAGUAUCAACGAACAACCGCUUGAUAUUCAGAUACGGCCAAACAAACAUAUUGAUCAACAUCGAAACUGAUAAGGAUACAAUCGACGACUAUCGGCCCUGUGCCAACACAACGAAAAGAUUGAGGAUAGGAGUAAGAGCUCAUCCUCACCGCAGGGUCGGUACAAUGAUUGAUAUUGUAGACCCAAAGAUUCUGCUUCUCAAAAAGCUUCUUGCCUGGCAUAAGAUCUGCAUUAAAAACCGGGAAGGCGCUGAUUUGCCACUCGAUGGAGAUUUCGAAGACAUUCAGACAAUUUUGACUUGGUUGAAGGAACGAGAUGAGCGGAUUGAUGACCGCUAUUUUAGGUUCCCCAACACUGAUACCGAAGAUGAAUUUGUUUUCAGUUUGGGUGAUCUUUAUGUUGCAAAGAGACAAGUACGGCCUAAUCUGGCCGCAAUUCUGUCCUCGCAUCUAAUGAGAUUAGCUCUUGAAAGGGUCGAUGCAUGA